AUGAGGGGGAGGGGGGUGCGUGUGGGCGUGGUGGCGCGGUAUGGGUCGGCUGUGGGCGAGUUUGGGCGCGCGCUGGUGCCUCUCAUGGAGGUGGCGGGGCACCUGGAGGGGUCGUUGGGGCUACAGGCGAGCACAGCGCAGUUGGGUCAGCAGCAGCGUGGAGAGGAAUGGCAGGUGAAGCAGGAGGGGCGGGUGCAGCAGGGAGGGGAGCAGAAGAGGGAGCAGGGCGGGGAGCAGCGGAGGCGGGGAGAUGAGGGGGUGGUGCUUUUCUUCCCCGGAGAUGACUCCAUUCGCUCCCACUGGACUGUGCAUGCUGCCCGCCUGCUCUUUGGCGAAUCCACUCGGGUGGAGGCAGGGAGAGUUGCAGGCCAGAAGUUCUUCCUGGCGGAGAGCGGCACAGCGUGUCGUGCUGAAAGUAAAGGAAAGUUCAUCCACCCUCUUUUCCUUCCUCCCUGCACCUCACCAGGUGGGUUUCUAGAACCCUCUGCUCCCUAUCAGCAUGAUACACCACCCAUCCUCUCAACCUUCGCCGCAACUUCUCCCCUCCCCAUUCCACGCUUCCACUCCCCCCUGAUCGUCCCACCAGGGCAGAAGCAGCAGGGCAUUGGGGCGAAAUGGCGAGGCAGAGCGGACGGGAAAAACGAAGCAGCAGAGCAAGAGAACGUGAGAACGGAGGAGGAAAAGAUAUUGGGAGGAGAGGAGGGGAAGGAAGAGAAGGGUAAGGAAGAGGAGGGGAAGGAAGAGGAGGAUCCAGUGGCAGAUGCUGAAGCAAUGGCGAGGCAGGAGGUAGAUGACUAUGCAGACCAGUACCAGGAGCAGACUUUUGAGUCGACUCAAAAGUCACCUCACUACGUGGACCAGUACGUGGAGCAGCAUAGCGACACCCAUGCCCAUGCCCUCGACAGUGACAUUGACAGUCACCGUCGCCGCCUCCCCACUGAUACCAACUUCCCCACCACCCCCAAUCCCGCUCUAACUAGCCUUGCUAGUGCUGGGGCUGGUGCCUCUGGAACUGAGGCGUCUCCUCCCGCGUCCACAGGAGCUUUGCGACUGGUGGUUCCCACACAACAACUGCUUUACCUGCUGCCUGAUCGGGAUGAGUCGGGCAGGUUGACAGGCAGCACGGGAAAGGGUUCGUGGCAGGUGACUGUAGUGGAGCGUGACAAUGUGGAGGGGUUGAAGAACCAGCAGGAGGUGGUGGCUCUGAUUCAAGAGGUCUUUCCAGAGCUGUCGGUAGCGAUAGUGCGACUUGGCAACAUGUCACUGUAUGACCAAGUGACAAUAAUGAAGCGCACGCUCGUCCUUGUAGCAGUCCACGACCUUAUCCUCUCCACCUCACUCUUCUUCCUUCCACGUGGCGCUGUCCUAGUGGAGCUCUUCCCCUACAAGCUCUUCAGCACGCAGCACAAGAAACUUGCACUCCGCUCUGGGAUACACUACAUGGCCUGGCAAAACCAGUUUCGCUACAAUGCAUUCUUCAUGGAAAAUUGCUUUUGGCGGGGAGGUUACAAGGAUACGAAAGACGAACGCGUAUUCGGCGAGCCGUGGUCGGUGAUUAGUGAACACGUUGACGAUAAGAGUUAUUCUGCGAAGAACGACGAGAACGCACUCUUCGGGCGCGCUCUCAUGCGCGCUCCCAUGUGUGCCGCCGCUGCGCUCGCCUUCCGGGGCGUCGCAAUCGCGGCGCUCCUGCUGUCCGCAACUUGCGUGUCAACUGCUCAUGGCCACUCGUUUCUCCCGCGCUUCCGUUCCGCGCGCGCGUUGACGACGGUGGAGGUGGAACCCUCUCCGUCGCCCGAGUCGCACAGCGAAUUGCGGCGCGCGCUAAACGCGGUGAAGGUGGAGUCGAUAGCGGGCCCCCGCUGCGUGAACGCGUUUCCCGCGAAGCCGCUCUGCAAGUUCGUCGACAGCCUCGCGUCGCGCGCCAUCCCCGUGUUGGACGGCGGCUCCGGCAAGACGCUGUCCAUCGGCGUUUACCAGACGUACCAGAAAUUUCACCGCGACCUGCCCGCGACGAAGAUCUACGCGUACGGCACGAACGAGAAGACCGCGUCGUACCCUGGGCCGACGAUCGUGGCGAAAAAGGGGGUUACCACGCGGGUUACCUGGUGCAACCGGCUGCAGGACCGGCAGCACAUGUUCAAGCAGGACUACACGCUCAUGAAAGAAAUGCCCAAGCCGAAACAGGGAGGCGUUCCCACGGUGCCCCACCACCACGGCGGCGAGACGAUGAGCAUGUACGACGGGCACCCGCUCGCAUGGUUCACGCAGUUCGGUGAACACGGACCCACCUUCGCCUCCUCCUCCUCCUCCCACUCCUCACACUCCCCCAACUCCUCGUACUCCUCCUCGUACUCCUCCUCUUCCUCCCCCUCUUCCUCCUCGCCCUCCUCCUCCUCCUCUUCCGCCUGCGUCACCUACGAGUAUCGCAACCAGCAGCCGGCCUCCCUCACGUGGUAUCACGACCACACACUCGCGUGGACGCGCCUCAACACUGUAGCGGGAAUGGCGGGUUUCUAUAUCAAAACCGACCCUAACGGAGAUGAGCGGGACAUGAAGAAAUGGCUCCCUCCCUGGAAGCGCACCGUGCCGCUGGCGAUCGCGGACCGCCUGUUUUUCAAGAACGGGUCUAUUAAUUUCCCCAACGUGGGCGUCGAUCCUAAAGUGCAUCCUAAUUGGAUUCCCGAGUACAUAGGCGAUACGAUCGUGGUGAACGGCGUGGUUUGGCCGUACCUGCGCGUGCGGCCCGCGGUGUACCGCUUCCUCCUCCUCGGCGCCGCCAACGCGCGCUUCUUCAACCUCCGCUUCCAGUGCGCCGCGCGCGGGGAUUACCCCAACUUCGUCCCCCCGCUCCGCGGAAACGUCAUCAAUUUCGCGCUCAUUGGCAGCGAUGGGGGGUACCUGCAGCGCCCCGUGUUUCACUCCUCUCUUCUGCUGGCGCCUGGAGAGAGAUACGAUAUUCUCGUUGACUUUGCCGCGGCGCAGCAGGGCGGCGCGUGCAGGGAUGUGAUUCUAACGAACGAUGCUGCGGCCCCGUUUCCGGGGGGUGAGGCGGUGGAUAGGAAUACGGGCGUGGUGAUGCGGUUUGUGAUUCUCGACCGCCCGCCCUUCAAGGCACCAGCGAUACCCAGGAGACUCGUUCCUGUCCCCUCUAUAGACUUCUCCAAGAUCCACAGAGUACGCUGGAAGAAGCUAGUGGAGACGAUCAACCCUAAUAGCGGCAUGCCAGAGCGAGCCACUAUAGACGGGCUUCGUUAUAUGGACCCAGUCACAGAAAUCCCUGUGCAAGGCACUAACGAGAUCUGGCACAUCAUCAACCUCUCGGCCGAUGCACACCCUAUUCACUUGCACUUGGUGCAAUUCCGGGUUGUUUCGCGUCGCGCUUUCGACAUCAAGUCAUACCAGGCGAACAAGUGCUCCUUCACCAGCAAGAACAAGCCGUCUUGCUACGUGGGACCGGAGAUGAAGGCACAGAAGCACGAGAUUGGGUGGAAGGACACGGUGCCUGCGCUUCCGGGUCAAGUUCUCACGUUUUGGGUCGGCUGGUAUGGCCAGGAUGGCAAGCCAUUUGAGUUUGAUCCUACCUCUGGGCCGGGAUACGUGUGGCAUUGCCACAUUCUCGACCAUGAGGAUAAUGACAUGAUGCGGCCGUUAAAGAUACGCAAGCAAUAA